CUUCCAGGAGAGGACGGGCAGCUGGUCUGCAGACGCGCAGCUCUAUGCGCUCCGACAACAGCGCCUGAGAAAAUAAAAAGGGGGAGAAAGUGCGCAAGUUAAGUGGCUUCCACUCUCCGGGCUCCAGCAUGGCGUAUCCUCAGGGUUACUUGUACCAGCCGUCCGCUUCUUUAGCCCUGUACUCAUGCCCUGCGUACAGCACCAGCGUCAUAUCGGGACCUAGAACUGAGGAACUUGGGAGAUCCUCCUCGGGAUCUGCGUUCGCGCCCUAUGCCGGAUCUACUGCGUUCAGCAGCGCCUCGCCAGGCUACAACUCCCACUUACCGUACAGCGCGGACGCGGCGGCAGCUGCCACAUUCACCUCGUACGUGAGCUCUCCAUAUGACCACACCACUGGCAUGGCCGGUUCCAUAGGAUACCAUCCUUACGCAGCACCUUUGGGCACCUACCCCUAUGGGGACCCCGCUUACCGCAAAAACGCCACCCGGGACGCCACCGCCACCCUCAAGGCCUGGCUCAACGAGCACCGCAAGAACCCCUACCCCACCAAGGGCGAGAAGAUCAUGCUGGCCAUCAUCACCAAGAUGACCCUCACCCAGGUGUCCACCUGGUUCGCCAACGCGCGGAGGAGGCUAAAGAAGGAGAACAAGAUGACCUGG